CUCUCCCCCCUCCUUCGUGGAGUCUUCUCCUUUUCUCUACAUUCAACAGCCAAGGGGAGAGAGAGAGAGAGAACAAAAAUAAUUUCCAUUUCAUAUAUUUAUUUUCUCAUUUUUCCUUGGCUAAUUUCUACCUGGCGAAUUGGAAGUUUCAGGAUUUGCAGAUUUCGAACUACAAUUGAGUUUUCUACAUUUCGGGCCUUAUUUAAGAGAUCUGAAGCUCAUUCAACUCUCCGACAGAUCACCAGCAGGUAACCCUUUCCGGCGAAGUAUAGUAUAUAGAGGUUCAGAUUCUUUGUGAGUUUGUUGAGAUGGGAUUCUGUAUGGUUCAACUGUAGAUCAAUUCAUAGUCAAUGCUUUGAUCUGAGUACAAAUUCAACUGUCGGUAGCAAUUCAGUUUGGUGUUAGUACCGGAUAAUCAAAAUGAUGAGGGUUCCACGUAUGAACGGUGGCUCCGCCGCCGCCAGCAAUCCGAAUGAAUUGGAGCUGAGGCCCGGUGGAAUGCUGGUCCAAAAACGCACCGACGAGGACCAAAACCACGCUCCACCUCCCACUAUUCGGGUCCGUGUGAAAUACGGGUCAAAUUACCACGAUAUCUAUAUCAGUUCUCAGGCUACAUUUGGGGAGUUGAAGAAGAUGUUAACAGGGCCUACAGGGUUGCAUCACCAAGAUCAGAAGCUAUUUUACAAGGAUAAAGAGAGGGACUCUAAAGUUUUUCUUGACACUGUAGGAGUGAAGGACAAAUCUAAGAUUGUGUUAGUAGAGGAUCCAAUUAGCCAAGAGAAGAGGUACGUUGAGAUGAGGAAAAAUGCUAAAAUAGCAAGGGCUGCAAAAUCAAUAUCCGAAAUCAGCUUGGAGGUUGAUAAACUUGCUGGACAGGUUACGGAGCUUGAGUCCAUAAUUUCUAACGGUAGAAAGGUGGCUGAGAAGGAUGUACUAAAUCUCAUUGAGUUAUUGAUGAAUCAACUGCUUAAACUGGACGGGAUCAUAGCCGAUGGUGAUGUCAAGUUACAGAGGAAAAUGCAGGUGAAAAGAGUGCAGAAGUAUGUUGAGAUUCUCGAUGCGUUGAAGAUUAAAAACGCAAUGCCAACAAGCAACGAAUACCAUGAACCUGUACAUUCAUCUACAUCCGUCCAGCCACAACAGCAGCCGAAGUAUUCAAAUGGGAACAUGUCAUCACAUGUGCAACAGCAACAAGCUCGGCAUUCAUUUAUAGAUUCACCAAAGAAACGGCACUCAGCCUCAGGAGAUGUUGUCAUAACUACACAGUGGGAAAUUUUUGAAUCUACACCAGCAACCAUUCCAGUUGCCCCUUCAACAUCCACGACUACAAGUACAAUCAAGCCAGCACAACCUAGUUCUUAUUUGGAUUUGCUAAGUUAGGUAAUAGGCCAAAGUAUUCGUGCUAGUGUGAUUGUGCAUUUUGGAUUUGUUUCGAGCUGCUUUGGUCUCUGUUCUCCAUUCUUUUCUGUAUUUAAAGUUCUGUAAGCAUCCCCUCCAUAUGUCAUUCACUACAAAAAUAAAUGGGGGCUACUAUAAUGGAGUUUGAAAUUAUCUUCAUGUCUC